GUAGGCCUGGCUCCAUUCUGGCCCCUCCCCACGCGGCCUCGCCCCUCCUCCGGCGCGGCGCAGCCGGCUCCGGUCCGCCCCCAGUUUCCUCCUUGGGUGACUUAUGUCCCUCCCGAGCUGCCGUCGCGCCCCGCCCGGUCUCCCGGCAACGGCGGCUCCCGGACCCCCGUUUGGGGUGACUGAGCCAUGAAUCGGUCUGGGCGCACGGCCCCGGGCUCUCUGCUGUCCACGCCGCUGCCGCUCACGGCGCUACACCACCUCUACGCCUGGGUGGACAGCGUGCCCUUCAGCCGCCCCAAGCGCCACUUGGCCCGGGACUUCAGCGACGGCGUGAUGAUUGCAGAGAUUGUAAAACACUUUGAACCCAAACUUGUGGAAAUGCACAACUACAUCCCGACCAGCAACACGGAACAAAAGCUGAGCAACUGGAGCACCCUCAACAGGAAAGUGUUCCCCAAACUUCACUUCUAUGUCUCCGAGGAGGACAUUCGGAAGGUUGUCAUCAGCACUCCGGGGGCUAUCGAGUCUGUGCUGUCCACACUGAGGCAGAAGAUGGAAGAGAAGUGCCAAAGGAAGGCCAUCCAGGAGGCCAGGAUGAACAUGAAGGACCCCAUUGGCUUCGACAGCAUCAACAUUAACAGGCACUUGGCAGAGCUGGAAAGCUGCAAGUCCACCGAAUCCCUGGCUAACAAGGGCUCCUCGGGCAAGAAGGCGAUUCCCAAUCAGAAGGGAGAGGAGAGAGCCUGUGACUACUUUGGAAGGCAGGAUUCGAGUCUCAGCCAGUGCCCGCACAGUGAGCCCAACUUCCAGCAGUUACUGGAGGAGAAGGAGCAGGCUCUCACCGUGCUCCAGGAGACAGUGCAGAUUCUACAGAUGAAAGUGCAUAGGCUGGAACACCUGGUGCAGCUGAAGGACAUGAGGAUUGAGGACCUGACGAGACACCUGAACACCCCAAAAUAGGGGCGACAUCUGGCAUGGCCUUGCCCGCCUCCGUGCAUGUGACUGCCCCUUCUCACCCUCUGACCUGAAACCUGAGGGGAUCAGGUUGUCAGGAGCGAUAGUCAGGAGGGCUGUCCCUCCCCCAUUCCUCCUUCCCUUCCUUCUUCUUUCUUCCUUUCCUCCUUUUCCCCCUUUCCUCCUCCCUUCCUGCCUUCUUUCCUUCUUUUCCCUUCCUCCCUCCCUCCUUUCUUCCUUACUUUCUUUCCUCUCUUCUUCCUUCCUUGUCUCCUUCCUUCUCUGUCUUCCUCCCUCUCUUUCCUUGCCCCUUCCUUCCCUUUCUUCUUCUUGCCUCCUCCCUUCCUCCCUCCCUCCUUUCUUCUCUCUGCCCUUCACUGGCACACCCAAACAGCUCCAUCUGCAUAUCCGGUAGCUCUCCCUGACGGGCUGACCCCGAGGUCCGCCUCUCCCCACAAUUCCGUGGGGUCAGUUUGGGCAAAAAUAGCCCUUUGUCCGCAGUAGUGUCCAGUGCAGGAGAGUUUACUGAGGGGCCCCUACCUUCCCCCUCCUGCGUGAGCAAGGCCGCCUUAAGGAGGCUCUCUGGAAUCGUGUGUGUGCACGUGCGUGUGCGUGUGCGUCCAUGUGCACACGGGUUCCUGCUGUGCCGGGGUCACAAGAGUGCUCCCUUUGUGCACGCACGUAGGCUAGAAGAAAAUGCCUUUAAAAAUGUAUGCGGUGAGAAUUAGGCCUGGAAUUACUUUUACAAUUAAAGAAAACCUGGUGAGGA